UGAUUAUAGUGGCUAACGCUAUGAUUCACUGAAACGCAAUUAUGAAUAUCACUAUUCUAACAACUCAGUUACGAUAUUGCCUGAAGAAAUUCAAGAAGGCUAAACUUGGGAAGUUGCCGCCUAAAGCAUUUCGUCCUGUGUAACUGCCGUUAAUUCAGGCGCAACGAUGGCUCACGCUGCAGACUUGCUAUAGAGUCGAAACUUUUGUUCAGGGUGAGACUAUGGCGCUAUUCGAAGCGCGACCAAUGAGACAUACGACACGUCACGAUUCUACCACUGGCUGUAGCUACAUUUUGCUCUAUGGAGAAGGUAAGCUUUGGGAAAUUUGCAUUAAAUUUAAUAUAGCGAGUAGAGUAGCUUUAUGAGGCUAGUUAAUGAACAGACGCCAUAGUCGACCUACCAUCGACAUUCUCCAGGCAAAACCAAACCAUGUUGAUCACCGUGCUCUUGAUGGCCUUGCAUGCAGUUUUGACGGAGACCUUUCUUCCGAAGAAAAUAUUUACAUCAUACCCGCUGUCUCCCUUAUCGCAGCCGCUGACAGCAACCGUAGCCAGGGCGUAGUCCUCUCCAAGCGGGUUGCGGAUGACAGGGCCCAUGUGCGAAUCCACCUUCAUGUAGCGCUCCGUGACGUUGUGAUUGAAUCCAAGCUCCAAAGCUCCCGAACCGUCCUUAUAACUCGUUUUUGUGCGAGCAAAGCGAUAUUUGACCUCUGUAGCCUUGGGAUCCGCCUUGAUAAUGUCGUAGCCAGUCUCAUUGGCGGGAACAACGCCAAGGCUCUUCGUAUUGGCCAUCUUCGUUCGCCAAAUAUGAACGGGAUAUUCACACAUGUUUACAUAUUCAACUCUCGUGCUAUAGCCUUCCUGGUCAGCUAGCUCGUCAACCAGUUGAGAGGCAAGCUCGUCAGUGCGGCGCUGGACAUCUUCCGGGCGGCCAGCAGCAUGCGCAAUGGCAAGGGAAGCGAUGAAUAGAGGAGUGAGUAACUUGAUCAUGUUGAUACAAGAAGUGUUAAUAUUUGAGAGCUUUGUUUUUAAAUAGUGAGCGGUAGGUGGAAAGAGAUUAACUGUGGAGGAGGCUUGGCUAUAAAUAUGUCUUUUUGGAUGUAGUACCAACAUGCCACAGCGUCGCCUUCGAUGUAUAUGACUAAUUUUAAUUUACGAUGCUAUUAUUAUAUGUUAAAAUCAUAUUUGUAAACUUAAUUACGAUGGAGGAACCUAUUGCUAACGAUACUUGCCUUUAAUUAGAGUGAAAGCGGUUGAGUCUGCCCCUAGUGUUGGUCUAAACAAGACUAAGCUUAGCUAACUAUGAAGCACAGUCGAACAAAGUGUAAAAACAACUUAAAAGUUAUUUUAAACGCGAUCAUGGAAUAAUCUUGAUACAUACAUGUAACGCACGCCAGGGCAUUCUCGCUGCGCUGUAUAAAUACUGGAGCACGGCGCUUUCGCGGCUGCUGGCUUCAUACAACGUAUUCUCCUCUCCAGUCUUCCAUCCUUUUUAUCUACUACAUAAAAUAUCGAGAGCCAUGACCAACCUCAAGGUAGUUGUUGUUGCUGCCUGGCUGACCGUAGCCUCUGCCACGGCUUAUGCUCAGCAGCAGACUGCUAUUGGCGGAGAUUGUGAUAUUCCCGUUGAUGCCACGGUGACCAUCACCAAUUACUGCCAAUACCCAAUGCAUUUGGAUGGCAAGGCAAUGGCCGCAGUCGAUGACGUUUCAGACAUUGCUGGCAAGGUCCUUAAGCCCUGGCAGUCGAUCACCAGGAAGAUCAAGCCUUGCGGUUCUGAGAAGCCGUACAAGAUCUUCUUCAGCGCCCCCAAGGAUACAAUUCACGAAAAGAGUCCACUUGUUUUCUCGUAUGCACUCGACUCUUGCAAGGACUUUAUCGGCGGCUGGGGCACAAUCUCAGCCACGACCUGGGAUGACGGUCUACGAUGGGACAUUGGUCACGGCGGCAAUAUAAGAUCAGGCUGUAAGAAACCCCGCAUCACCGAUGGUGGACUAUCUGCGAUGACCAAGAACCAAGAACAUAGAUACCCGACGUCUUGGAGAGCUGGUGCGGGUUGCAACGAUGACGAGGAUCUCAAGAGCCGAUCCGCAUGGAUGACUGUUGACCUCUGCAGUGAGAACAAGCCAUAAGGCUCUGACGGGCUGUAGAUUAUUGCUAGCGCUAGCCUUCCCCUCCUCUAUUAACAUUUAAUAAGACGGGUCAUUACAAGUCACAUUAAGUGCACUUUCUUUCCAAAAAUUCGCUGCUUGGUAGAGAGAACCACACAUAACGCCAUUGCUUAUUAAUUCGAAGAUGUGAAGGUACAGCCUUGUUGAAUGUGUG